CCGAGCUGUAACAGUACAAAACGGCGACGCCGGCUAAAAACCUACGCUUUCUUUUCUCUCUCACACACUACACGCACUCGCUAGCUUCACUUUUUUUUUUUCUCUCUCCUCGCGGGGCUCUCUUUAUUAUACUUUAAUUUUGUCUUUUCAGUUUCUUUGUUAAUUUUUCUUCAUUUUGCUCGUUUCUCUCUCUCUACAAACCUUUCCUCUUCAGCUCGUCUUCCUUUUUGGGUUACUGUUAGGAUUCCUAAAACUCUUCUGAAAGAAAGCUUCCUCCUUCUCUUAGAGGAAAAGGGAUACUCAGAGGAAAAAGGGUUGGCCAGAAAAAUGCCGCCGGCCCUGGAGCUGGAUUUCCCAGCCGGUGACUCGAUUUGCCGGCCAUAGCUGAUACAGAAAAAAGAAAAUAGGAGGGACCGUGAAUCUUAAUUUUGCUUGCCCAGUUACUGAAAAAGCCUUUUUUACUUGAAAAAAAAAUGCCUGAACCACAAUUUCUCACCGCGCCAGCUGAAAAUGAGCAGAUAAAAUCCAGCCAGGAGAGUCUAGGGAGAGAGAGAAAGAAGGUCUCCGACUGCGCGGCCUCCACCACCACCACUCCUAGAUCGGUAGUCAUCGUACCCCGGAGCAAAUCCCAGGCGACGAGCCGCAGGGUAACCCCGGCCUCAGUCUCCGACGCCGGCUCCGCCGGGAGCUUCCUCGAGAAGCGCCUCCCCAACGGCGAUCUGUACAUCGGGACAUUCUCCGGCAACACCCCACACGGAUCCGGCAAGUACCUGUGGAGUGACGGGUGUAUGUACGAGGGCGAGUGGAAGAAGGGGAAGGCCAGCGGCCGCGGGAGGUUCUCCUGGCCGUCGGGUGCCACUUUCGAGGGCGAAUUCCGGUCGGGCAGGAUGGAGGGUUCCGGCACGUUUAUCGGACCGGACGGGGACACGUACAGGGGCUCGUGGUCCGGCGACCGCAAGCACGGCUACGGCGUCAAGCACUACAGCAAUGGAGAUUAUUUCGAAGGGCACUGGAAGAGAAAUCUCCAGGACGGCCAAGGCAGAUACGUAUGGAGCAAUGGAAACGAGUACAUCGGCGAGUGGAAAAACGGGACGAUUCACGGCAGAGGGAUUCUUGUCUGGAACAACGGAAACAGGUAUGACGGCAACUGGGACUGUGGGGCCCCCAAGGGCCACGGGGUCUUCACCUGGCCCGACGGCAGCUGUUACAUCGGUUGCUGGUCAAACGAGACGUGUAAAAACGGCGGCAAAGGACAGCAAAUCCUGAAUGGGACUUUUUACCCUGCCUACAGUUCCAAGAAUGGGAAUGGGAACGAGAAGGAGAGCCUGCAGGGGUAUUUGGGUCAUAAAAUGUCGACACUAUUGAUGGUGUCGGAGGAGGAGGUGAAUGUGAUGACUGACAAUGGCGGUGUUAAGAACUGGCCUCUUUCUGUUGAUGGCGGUGUUACAGAGAGGGCUUUUCCAAGGAUUUGCAUUUGGGAUUCCGAUGGGGAGGCUGGGGAUAUAACGUGUGACAUAAUCGAUAAUUUGGAGGCCUCGAAGUUGUAUAGAGAUGGGUUUGUUUUGAAUCGCGAUGGAAUUAAGCAGUUUAGAAGGAAUCCCUGUUGUUUUAAUGGUGGUGAGGUGAAAAGGCCAGGGCAAAUGAUUUCGAAGGGGCAUAAGAAUUAUGAUUUGAUGCUCAAUUUUCAGCUGGGCAUUAGGUAUUCUGUGGGAAAGUAUGCUUCGAUAUUGCGAGAGCUUAAGGUGACUGAUUUUGAUCCUAUGGAGAAGUUUUGGACAAGGUUUCCCCCUGAGGGGUCGGAAAUUACGCCUCUGCAUCAGUCCCCCGAGUUUCGGUGGAAGGAUUAUUGCCCAGUUGUCUUUAGGAAAUUACGCGAGCUAUUUCAAGUGGAUCCUGUGGAUUACAUGUCAGCCAUUUGUGGAAAUGAUUCCCUGAGAGAAUUUUCUUCUCCCGGGAAGAGUGGAAGUUUCUUUUACUUGACACAAGACGAUAGAUUUAUGAUAAAGACUGUCAAGAAAUCAGAAGUCAAGGUGCUUAUCAAAAUGCUUCCUAGUUACUAUCAGCAUGUCUCUCGUUAUGAAAAUUCGCUUGUCACGAAAUUUUAUGGGGUCCAUUGUGUGAAGCCAGUCGGUGGCGUUAAGACACGGUUCAUUGUGAUGGGAAAUCUGUUCUGCUCCGAGUAUCGAAUUCAUAGAAGAUUUGAUCUGAAAGGAUCAUCACACGGCCGCACGACUGAUAAAACUAAGGGGGAAAUUGAUGAGACAACUACUCUAAAGGACCUCGACCUAAACUAUAUGUUCCGUUUGCAGACCAAUUGGUAUCAAGAACUCAUCAAGCAAAUCCAUCGUGACUGUGAAUUUCUUGAGAAAGAACGUAUAAUGGAUUACAGUCUCUUGGUCGGCCUUCAUUUCCGUGAUGAUUGUACGGGAGAUAAAAUUGGUUUAUCGCCUUUUAUGCCUCGUGCAGUGAAAGGUGAUUCUUUCCAAAGCGAAAAAUUCAUGCGUGGCUGUCGUUUUCUCGAGGCCGAGUUACAAGACAUGGAUCGGAUUUUAGCCGGAAGAAAACCGUUGAUAAGAUUAGGUGCAAACAUGCCUGCCCGAGCCCAACGUGUGUCUCGAAAGAGCGAUUUCGACCAAUACAAUCAUUCCGGUUUUAGCCACUCGACUCCUUCGAACAAUGGCGAAACUUACGAAGUUGUUCUCUACUUUGGCAUUAUCGACAUUUUGCAAGACUAUGACAUCACCAAGAAAAUCGAGCAUGCGUACAAGUCCCUGCAGGUGGACCCCACCUCAAUCUCGGCCGUAGACCCGAAACUCUAUUCGAGAAGGUUUCGCGAAUUUGUUGGGAGAAUAUUUGUCGAGGACCAUUGAGCCAUAUUCAGAAAAAAAUAACGAAAAGAAUUUGAGAUUCGAUUCGAUGGAAUCUUCGGAAGGGAAUUAUGGGACGAGAGGGCUGAUCAGCCGGCCUAUGGAUGGGAAAAUGCUAAAUGGUGGUGUUUAUAUGCAAGGAUUAAGGCUGACUUUUUGAUUUAUCAGUCAUUAAUGGGUUAAGUAACUAGGGANGUUUGGUUUUUUCUUGAUUUGUGAGGAGAAUGAAUGUAAAGUGCUCAACUGUUUUUG